AUGGACGGGGAAUGGAAGGAGGAAGUCGACGAAGAAAGGCUUGCCGAAGCUCAAAGCAUCGAAGCGCCACCGGUGAAGAAGGCGAACCAAGCGCCACGCGACGACGACCUGUCCCACGUUGAGGCUUUCGCGGCGCUGCUGGCAAGCAAGCUCCAGGACGACUUGGAAGCCGCGAGCGCUCCAGGCUCCUUGGGUCGCCUUUACCUGGGCGACCGAGACGCCGCGGGUGAUGAAGGCGUCUUAGAGGCGCUGGGAAUUCGAUCGGUAGUCAAUGCCACACUGGACACGCCAAAUUUCUUUGAGGGCCGUCUGAAAUACUUCUGCGUGGAUGUCGACGAUAGCCCGGAGGAAGACCUUCUGAGUUACAUCGACGGCUGCGUGGAGUUCAUUCAGCAUGCCCUCGCCGCGGGGGAGAACGUGCUCGUGCACUGCCGUUGGGGUGUCUCGCUCGGCGAGCUUGGUCAUUGCGUGGCUGAGCUGCCCAAUGAAGGCUUCGUAGCGCAGCUGCAUAAGCUUGAGGAGAGGCUGCGAGACAAAGAGCUUCCGCGAGAGUUCUUGGCGCAGGAAGCCAUCGCUACAGGCAGCGCGAAGGUACGGGCCUCGCAGCCGGACGCCCCUGUACACAUGGAUCCGAAAGUGAAGCGCCUCAUGAGGGAGAUCGCAGUGUCUGAGGGGCUGAGGCAGGAGGUAGUCAUGGACCCGGCGUUUGUCGCCGACAUCAAGAGGAAGCACAAGGUGGACCACGUCACCAGCAUCUUCACGGAUCCGCGGCUGCCAGCUGACGACUGCAGCACCUACACGUUGAAGCACCAGUUCGAGGGCCACCUUGCAGGGGACUCGGGCGUUUCGCUGAUGUUCUGCUUCUGA